AUGAGUUUUCGUGCUGGUAGACCGAUUAAUUUAAUUUUUAUUAUUCUACUCAUUUUUCUAGGAAUCGUUUUGUUAUACGGGCAGCAGACCUCCACAAAGCAUACAUCUGAGGACGGAAUCUUGGGUCUCCGUCCAAAUGUGCCCCUAUUCAACAGAUGGAGUAGUUGCAUGGCAGAAAGAGUCUUCAACGAAACGGAUCAUAAAAUUUUCUGGGCGAAAUUCCAAAUUUGGACAGACGAAUGUGACGGAAAAGCCGAAAUCGAUCAAUUGAAUCUGGUGCCAUUGCAAAAUAGUGAUGAGACGAAAUACGGAUUGUUGCCUGUAGAGAGUGACCCAUUGGGCUCUGCUAGCAAUUUGGUCACUUUGGGAAUCGGAAAAGACAUUGAUGCUGAACUUUUGUAUAAACAGAAAAUGAACGAAAUCGGUCGCAACAUCUCAUUCUACGGAGCCGAUCCGAUCACAGAAAUCAAUGCUGAUUUAUACGCAAAAAUCGGAAAAUAUUUCCCAUUUGCCGUCGGAAGUGAUGCCGGAUACUCAACAGCAAGUGUGUAUGUGAAUGGAACUUAUUUGAAUCGAGAUGUUGUCCACGUGGAUUUGAUCUACUUUUUCGACAGGAUCUUAAAGAUUAAGACUUUCGACAACAUUUGGUUGGAUGCCGAAGGAGCCGAGUAUCCACUAUUCGACAUUUUCCAUAAAACCGGACGUCUCGAGCGGAAAGGAAUCAGGUUCUGCCAAAUGAGCCUGGAAGUUCACAGCCCGUCAGAACCUCAACAAAUUCAAUUUAUGGAACUAAUUAAGACGAUAAUUAAGGAGUUCCGCUUUGGAAUUCAUAAGAAUCGACUUGUGGGACACAUGAGGAUGUAUUUGUUCAAUUUUGGAGAUUCCUACUGUGUUCGGAAGUUUUUGAAGAGGAAUUUAUACGAAUUGAUUUCCAAAGAGGAUCGGGAAGAGAUGGAGGAGGAGUUUGAGGAGAAUUUGAUCUCGAAAAAUUGA